AUGUAUCGAAGAAGAGGUGGUUCAUUAGAACAAGAAUUAGUAAUGUCAUCACCAAUAUCAACAGGGACAUCAGCAGAUCCUUACCCUUUUUCUAACGGCCAUAAUCAAUUAAAGUUUCCGAGUGAAGGAUGUAUUACUCGAGUGCCAUUCUCUUCUCUUUGUGCAUUUCUUUUUUGCCUUGGUGGAAUUUUGCUUUUUAAGGCAAUGAUAAUGUGGGCUUUUAAUGCAACUAUAGAACAAAUUAGACGGUCACUUGGAAUAACACAAUUACCUUGGUUGGAUAAGUUUCAACUUUUAUUAAUAAUUGCCUGUAUUGCUAUGUUUUUAAUUUCUGCUGCUUUUCUACUUAUCGGUAUAUUAAGUACUGGACAGACAAGAGAACAUAUUUUUCGUCAAAUGCCUCGUUCUAGAAGAGGUGGCCGUAUUUCUUGUAUUUUAGCUAUUUGUUUGGCUUCUUUACUUAAUUUACUUUGGAUAAUUAUUUUGGCACUUACUGCUAUUAUGUGCUUUAUUUAUUCAAUUUUUUCUUUUCUUUGUACAAAUAUUGGAGGAAAUACAUCUACCACAAAAUCAUGCUUAGAUUUUAAUUCUUUUAAGCCUUUAUUUUUUUCUUCAGAAGACAAUAGAUCUUUACAAUUCUGUGAAGGCCAACUUCAACAAUUUUGUGCUUUAACAAAUACAGUUGUUAUUUGUUAUGCACAUAUUGGUAAUGAGGCACGUUAUGAUGAACUUUUGGCUAUUUUAAAUUCUGAAAUGGCCUGUGAAAGUUAUCAUUGUAGAAAACCACAUAAAUUUUCACCGCAGGAAAACGACAGAUCUCGAGCUUCUUAUAAUACUGCUGAUUAUUACUCUCGAAAAUUUGAUUAUAAUUUACAGCAAUUUCCACAAGGUAAACAAUUUAUUAAUUCUAAAAAAUUUCUUUUUAAGAAAAUUAUCGAAAUGAUGUCAAUUAUUCAACUGCUCCACCUUUAAAGCCUCGUUUAAAACCAAGACAACAAAAUCAAAAUAUAGGUCAAUCUACUAAACGUCAUUCAUAUCAAAGUUCUUUAAACGGAAGUAAUAAUUGGUUAAAUCGAACAAAUGAACAAAAAUGGAAGGA